AGUCCCAGUGACUGGUGUAAUGCUGUUAUACCGUAUCUGAUAGGCCCUCUGUAUCAUUUUAGGGUGUUGCAUUCAAGCCUCAGGGCCCUGUCAGCAUAGUUCCUCCCAUCAUCUAUGACAGAUAGAUAUCAAGACGAGAAAGUAUUAGCAACCUCCCUCAGCUAGCACACAAGUUACACACAGAUACGGAUACACAGCGAGGGCCUGACAAAAUGUUCUUUCUGUCACUGGCAUGGCUAUUGUUGACAGGACCACUUUGGACAUCUGAUUUAAAACAGAAGCUGCUGGAAGAAGAAGUCAGCGUUCGUUACCCUAAGAUCCCAAGCAGUGAGACCAUUGAUUGUGAUUGUGGCAACAUGGCUUGUGACUUAGUCUUCUGGUUCCGCAGUGACAUCAGUAGCAAAGUCCACUUUCUAGGCAGAUGCAACAAUGCUGACCGUACUCUCUAUGGAGAUAACGUGGACAAAACACGUUUUAAACUCAGUAAGAGGGGCAGUAAGUCUUUUGCGCUCCGUAUCAUCAAUGUGACGAAAGAAGACAGAGGGAUUUAUUCUUGUGUCUUGAAGGACAAAAGUCUUAAUGAAAUGUGGAAGCCUGGGACUCUUCUACUGCCAGGAGAGACCCCACCAACACCACCUCCUAAGCCAAAACCCAAACCACCAUCCAAACCAACCUGUCGUUGCAAUACAGGCAACUCCAAGGGAGGCUGUGGCUCUAUGAUUCUUUGGCCUCUUGUCGGACUUCUUGGAGGCUUGGCUCUGGCUGUUCUCUGCACGCUGCGUUAUUUCAGCCGUCUGCCAAGAAAGUGUCACCACCACUUUGCAAAGAAAAGGCAGACGUUCUAAAAAAAACCCUGCGUCUCAUGUAUUUUUAAGUGACUGAAGUGCUUUGUUUGAGUGUUCUGUCCGGCCACGAAAGGCAUGAUUCACCCUUAAUAUCGGGUCUUCUAACAACAUCUCGAGUUUAUUUACGCUUCAAUGAACUCUCAGAAAGAAAACACAUUUGCUUUUUCAACAGCAGCAGCAGCCUUGUAACAUAACGCAUGUAAUAAUGCAUAAUGUAACAUAAAGUUUAAAGCCCCAUGUUGUGUUUUGUAUCUAUAAUCUUUCUUUCUGUCUCUAAUCAGUGAGCUGCAUUUAGUGUAAUUUAUCAAUGUGUUUUUCAAUUCAUCAGGUAUUAAUGUGCUGUGAACUGUAAUCAUUUUUGAUUUUGAUGGAAACAUCACAAAGUACACAAAUAGACAUACAGUAAUUGUGCAGUUUUCUGCGUUUUUUGCUUUCUUCUGUACUUCUUUGUGUUUUUCACGUUAUUGCAGCAGUUUAGACACAGAACAAAAAGCACUGUUAUGUCGGUAUUUCUGUGAGCAUGCUUGUGUUUAAUCAAUAAAACGGUAUCAUUUCAGUCAUUUAUGGUGGUUAUGAGUGAUCUAAUUAUCCAAAAUGCAGUAUUGCCUAGAAAGUAAUGAUACUCAGGAGGUAUUUUGCAAUAGCAGAAAUGCUUCCUGUCCUGAAGCUACAGGUCAAGCACUGUGCAUGUUUUCCAGUGAUAGAAACAGAUAAGACGUUCUGGCUUUGUUGCGUUGUACAUCUUAGAUGUCUGUGCCUGUUUGUGGAUAGGGCAUAGAGGUUUGAAAGUGGGCGUUGUACUUCCAUUGUCAAUAUUGUGCUUAGCGGAAGUUGAGUAGGUGAGUGACAGGGUUUGGUGUCUUCUUUUACUUUUGAUGUGUAAACUUGCAUCAUAUUCAGUUUCUCUUGAACUGCCAUGUAUGUGGCAACAAGCUUUGCUGUAUA